AUGUGUCAAAUUCUUAUCCUUCUUCUUCCCGGGUUUGGUUUUGAAGAUCCUUCAUUUUUCUUCACGAUUUUCUCCGUCAUAUUCUUCUCCUUCAUCUUUUUUCUUUUCCUCUUCCUUCUUUUUUCGUUUCCUUCCUUUCUUCUUUCGCUUUCUUCUUCUUUUUAUCUUUCCCUCUUAUUUUAUUUCCCGUCGCCAUUUUAUUUUUUCCUCUUCUUUCCCUCUUAUUCUUUUUCCUUUCCAUCGUCAUGUACUUAUUUUUCUUCGUCAUUUCCUUCCGCACCUUUCCGUUUUUUCUCUUUCUUUCUAUCUUUCAAUGCUUUUCUGUCUUUCUUUAACUGUCUGCUUUCUCCUCUUAUAUCUCUUUCUUUUUCUUUUCCCUUGUCGUUCUUGUAUUUUUUAUUCGUCUUCCCUUGCUUUUUUGCCUCUUUUUAUUCUCGUCGGCUCAUUUCUUAUUUCUCCUCUUUUAUUCUUUUUCUUUAUUCCUUUUUAUACUUUGUUAAUUUUUUUUCUUACUUUUCUCUUGAAUUCUUAUUUUAUUCGUCUUUUUUGUUAAAAUUUUCCAUGUAG